AUCCAUUGCCCUGUAAUCGCACUGUAAUCGUCAUGUCUUUUGUGGAUCAGUUGACUGCAAAGCCAAUGAAUGCCAGUAUUGAUAGCAUGAAGAAUGCCAUCAAUAAUAGUCCAACAGUUAAUGCCUUCUGCGGUCAAACGCAAUUAAAUGGAAAUCCGAUGAACUCAUUGGCAGAACAGGCGAACAAACUGUUGGAUUUCAGUCAAAAAUUGGACAUUAAUUUAUUAGACAGUGUUGUCAACUGUAUGUAUGGCGGAGAAGGGGCUCAACAACGGGUCGCUCAGGAGAUACUGACCACUCUUAAAGAACAUCCGGACGCGUGGACUCGGGUGGACACGAUUCUCGAGUUCUCCGGCAAUCAGGAGACCAAAUACUAUGCGCUCCAAAUCCUCGAGAAUCUGAUUAAAACUCGAUGGAAAGUAUUGCCCGAAAAUCAAUGCGAAGGCAUCAAGAAAUUCAUCGUCGGUCUCAUCAUUAAGACCUCAUCCGAUCCGUCGACUCUCGACAGAGAAAGAGUUUAUUUAAACAAAUUAAAUAUGAUUUUAGUUCAGAUAUUGAAGAGAGAAUGGCCUAAAAAGUGGCCCAACUUUAUCGAUGACAUCUGCGGCGCGUCCAAAACUAAUGAAAGUCUUUGUCAGAAUAAUAUGAUUAUUUUGAAACUAUUGAGUGAGGAAGUGUUUGACUUCUCGUCGGGUCAGAUGACUCAGGCAAAGGCCAAACAUCUAAAGGACACGAUGUGUCAGCAGUUCCGGGAAGUGUUCACAUUAUGUCAGUUCGUGAUGGAGAACUCAAACAACGCCACUCUUAUUCAGUGCACUUUAGAGACAUUAUUGCGAUUUUUGAAUUGGAUUCCUUUGGGCUAUAUCUUCGAAACGGGUCUAAUAAAUGCA